AUGUCAAGAUCAGUAUUUAAAGGCAGUUUAGGCUUGUAUAGAUCGGCAGCACGACUAGGAGGAAUACGUGAGUUUUGUUGUACAAUGAGUGUCAAAGGAAAACCUGAAGAUGCCAAGUUUUUGAAGUCGUAUCCGGUGUCGAACGCUGCAGAAUGUAAGUGGAUAGGACUAGAGAGACUAGAGUACAUAGACCCUGCUGGAAACAAAAGACAAUGGGAUAGUGCGGUGAGAUUGACCAGAAACAGUGGUGGAAUCGACGGGGUAGGAAUUCUGGCAAUUUUGAAGGCUCCAGGCAAAGAACCGGAGAUUUUGCUUCAAAAACAGUUUAGACCACCUGUUGAAGGGGUUUGCAUCGAGAUGCCAGCAGGGCUAAUCGAUAAAGGCGAGUCGGUGGAUGUAGCAGCAUUGCGUGAAUUGAAAGAAGAAACUGGCUACUCUGGUAAAAUUGUCAGUAAAACACCCACAAUCUUCAAUGACCCUGGCUUCACCAAUACCAAUCUGUCGCUGGUAACAGUAGAAGUGGACGUUACAGCUCCUGAAAACCAAAAUGUACAAACGGAGCUCGAGGAAAACGAAUUUAUAGAGUGCUUCACGGUGCCAUUGAAGUCGUUUGCUGUGGAAAUGGAAAAACUUGCGCAACAGGGCUACAAACUCGAUGCUCGUGUGCAAAAUGUAGCACAGGGUAUCAAACUCGCUCAACAGUACCAGCUCUGA